CCGCCCUCGCCAACAUGGCGGCGCCCAGUGGGGCACAGCGCGUUUACUUGGCGUUCUGGCCAGGGCCGGGGUUUGGGCUUUAGGCAGAUAUUUGGUUUCACAAUGUUUGGGGAUCUGUUUGAAGAGGAUUAUUCCAGUGUGUCAAAUAAUCAAUAUGGAAAAGGGAAGAAAUUAAAGACUAAAACUUUGGAGCCACCUGCUCCUAGAGAGUUCACCAAUUUAAGUGGAAUCAGAAAUCAGGGUGGAACCUGUUACCUCAAUUCCCUUCUUCAAACGCUCCAUUUCACACCUGAGUUCAGAGAAGCUUUAUUUUCUCUUGGUCCGGAAGAACUUGGUUCUUUAGAGGAUAAGGAUAAACCUGAUGCAAAGGUUCGGGUCAUACCUCUACAGUUGCAACGCUUGUUUGCACAGCUCCUGCUCUUGGACCAGGAAGCUGCGUCCACAGCAGAUCUUACUGACAGCUUCGGGUGGACCAGCAAUGAGGAAAUGAGGCAACAUGAUGUGCAGGAACUCAAUCGAAUUCUCUUCAGUGCUCUGGAAACUUCCUUAGUCGGGACCUCUGGCCAUGACCUCAUUAAUCGCCUGUACCACGGAACGGUUGUUAACCAAGUGGUUUGUAAAGAAUGUAAGAACAUCAGUGAGAAGCAGGAAGAUUUCUUAGAUCUAACAGUAGCAGUCAAAAAUGUAUGUGGUUUGGAAGAUGCACUCUGGAACAUGUAUGUGGAAGAGGAAGUUUUUGAUUAUGACAACUUGUACCACUGUGGAACUUGUGACCGGCUGGUUAAAGCAGCAAAGUCGGCCAAAUUGCGUAAGCUGCCUCCCUUUCUUACUAUUUCAUUACUAAGAUUUAAUUUUGAUUUCGUGAAGUGUGAACGCUACAAGGAAACUAGUUGUUAUACAUUCCCUCUCCGGAUCAAUCUCAAGCCUUUUUGUGAACAGAGUGAAUUGGAUGAUUCAGAAUAUACAUAUGACCUCUUCUCAGUCAUUAUCCACAGAGGUGGCUGCUAUGGAGGACAUUAUCAUGUCUACAUUAAGGAUGUUGAUCAUCUGGGAAACUGGCAAUUUCAAGAGGAAAAAAGUCAGCCAGAUUUGAAUUUGAAAGCUUUCCAGAAUGAGGAAGCAGUUGAUGAUCCACUGAUGAUUCUAAAAGCAAUCUUAUCACAGGAGGAGAACAACCUAAUUCCUGUUGAUCAGCUGGGCCAGAAACUCUUGGAAAAGACAGGAAUAUCUUGGAACAAGAAGUACAGAAAACAGCAUGGACCACUGCGAAAGUUCUUACAGCUCCAUUCGCAGAUAUUUCUGCUCAGCUCAGAUAAAAGUACAGUUAGUCUCCUGAAGAACUCUUCUCUCCAGGCUGAGUCCAAUGUCCUAAGAAACCAUCAACAGCUCUUCCACACUAUGGCUUCAGAAUCUCCAGGAUUAAUUGGUAGCACCACCUGUCCACACUGGUUUGAUAUCAAUGAUUCCAGAGUUCAGCCAAUCAAGGAGAAGGAUAUUACACAGCAAUUUCAGGGUAAAGAAAGUGCCUACAUGCUGUUUUAUCGGAAAUCCCAGUUGCAGAGACCCCCCGAAGCUCGAGCUAAUCCAAGAUACAGUGUGCCAUGUCACUUGCUGAAGGAAAUGGAUGCAGCCAACGUUGAACUGCAAAUAAAAAGGUCAGAAUGUGAUUCUGCAAACAAUAAUUUUGAAUUGCAUCUCCACCUGGGUCCUCAUUAUCAUUUCUUCAAUGGGGCCCUCCACCCAAUAAUCUCUCAGACAGACAGCGUGUGGGAUUUGACUUUCAAUAAAAGGAAAACUUUAGGUGAUCUCCGGCAGUCAAUAUUCCAGCUGUUAGAAUUUUGGGAAGGAGACAUGGUUCUUAGUAUUGCAAAGUAUGUACCAGCAGGACUUCACAUUUACCAGACCCUUACUGGAGAUGAACUGCCACUUUGUGAAGUUGAAAUUGCUGAUGGGGAAGACAUCUUCGUAUGGAAUGGAGUGGAGGUUGGUGGAGUCCAGAUUCAGACUGGUGUUGACUGCGAGCCUCUGCUGUUACAUGUUCUUCAUCUGGAAACAAGAGGAGAAGAUGAAAAGUGUGGGCAGUUGGUAGAGACUCCGCUUGUCUUUCCAGCUAAUGCGGAAGUGGGCACUGUGUUCACAGCCUUGGCGAUGCCAGCAGGCGUCAUCCUCAUGAACAGGGCUGAGCCUGCAGAUGACGAGUGCUGGACCGCUAUUCCCCAGGAGGACGUGACAAAGACAUUCAGAGAACAAGGUUUCAAAAAUGGAAGUUCAGUUUUAAUUCAGGAUUCUAGUGAUGAUAACAGUAUGUUGCCCAGACAAGGAAAAUGGAUCACUGGUGUGAAUGAGACUGACUGGCUACACAUUAAAAAUCUAUGCCAAUUAGAAUCUGAAGAGAAGCAAGUGAAAAUACCUGUGACUAGUAACAGUGUGGUGUUUGAUAUUCGAAUUAAAGCCAUAAAGGAAUUAAAAUUAACGAAGGAACUAGCUGAGAACAGUUGUUUGAGACCUAUUGAUAGGAACGGAAAACUCCUUUGUCCAGUGCCAGACAGUUCCACUUUGAAGGAAGCAGAAGUAAAAAUGGGGAGUUCAUUGGGACUGUGUCUUGGAAAACCACCAUCUUCCUCUCAGCUGUUCCUGUUUUUUGCUCUGGGAACUGAUGUUCAACCUGGGACAGAAAUGGAGGUCAUAGUAGAAGAAACACUCUCUGUGAGAGAUUGUUUAAAAAUAAUGCUGGAGAAAUCUGGUCAGUCAGGUGAUACAUGGCAUUUACGAAAAAUGGAUUGGUGCUAUGAAGCUGGGGAGCCUCUAUGUGAAGAAGAUGCAACACUGAAAGAGCUUAUGAUAUGUUCUGGAGAUACUUUGCUUUUAAUUGAAGGAAAACUUCUUCCUCCGGGUUUCCUGAAGGUGCCCAUCUGGUGGUACCAGCCUCAGGGACCCUCAGGACAUUGGGACAAUCAGGACCUACCCAACUGCACCCCUUCUCAAGGAAGCAGCAGCUGGAGAGCCACCCCUACCCAAGGUGCUCCUGGCCACAUGCCUGCACGAGUUUCUCUCCUCUACUUGGGAGACAUAGAAAUCUCAGAAGAUGCUGCAUUGGUGGAGCUGAAGGCGCAGGCCAUGGCCUUGCCCUCUGCCUCGGAGCUCACUGUCCGGUCUCCAGCCCUCCUCAGAGCCUGGACAGUGGAGAGCAAGCGCCCCUGCAGGCUCUUACGCACCGACCGGUGGCAGCUCAGGGAAUAUAAACUAGGACGGAGAGCUGAGAUCUGCCUAGAGCUCCUUCAGAAAGAAGAAAACUUGGGCCCCCAGGACAUGCUGCUGAGGACACAGAUGCGCAUCCCUGGAGAGAGGGCUUACAGCCUGGCUGUGGACUUGGUGUGGGACACUGCCCGAGGCUGGACUGCCGGCUCCCUAAGGCAGAGAGUGGCCGAUUUCUACUCUCUACCUGUGGAAAAAAUUGAAAUUGCCAAAUACUUUCCUGAAAAGUUUGAGUGGCUUCCAGUAUCUAGCUGGAAUCAGCAAAUUGCCAAGAAGAAAAAGAAGAAAAAGCAAGAUAAUUUGCAAGGAGCACCGUAUUACCUGAGAGAUGGCGACACCAUUGGCGUCAAGAAUCUCCUGGUUGAUGACGAUGAUGACUUCAGUACAGUCAGAGAUGACAUUGGGAAAGAAAACCAGAAACAGCUGGCUCUGGGGAAAAAGAAGAGCCGAGAAGCCCUUCGUGCACGCAGCAGUGAUACCGUCUCCAGUGCAGAGAUGCCCACCCAGUUCCGUGGACCAGAAGCUUCUCUGUCUAUCCAUGUUGGGAGCUUCAGAUAGCCCUGGCAAUAGGACGUCUUCCAGCACAGCGUCCAGGCUCUGCUUCACAUACUGCUGUCCCGUCAGACCAUGACAGUGGCUUGUUGGUUUGUGGAUGGAUGAGUUGGUUGUCUGUGCACAUGUGGAUCCCAAGUCCUCAGUUUCAUCACAGGCAAAGGACACAACUCCUCUCGGGCCAGGCAAGUGUACUUGAUCACUCAGCUAUGCAACACACAUCAGCCCACGCGAGCUGGCCCAGACCCAGAAAAGUGCAGGUGCAAAUUGAUGCUGACCUCCCAACACACUUGACCCCGGUGGCCUUUUUCCACAAAGUGUACUCCUUAUGCUUUAACCACAGGUCUAGACACAAUAGCAUGUUGUCAAAUUGGACAAAUCUGUGUAAAAUACACGUUAAAUUGCUUCCUACACUAUCGAGAUGACACCUGCUUUGACACAGGUUCCAACGUGUCAUCUCCUGCUGCAGGGUGACCAAGGUCAUUUAAACUGUAUGGAAAGGGUAUCUUCCCCUUCCCCCUCUCUGACUUCCUACUACAUGCUUCCCCGGUGGGCUGAGAUAAAACUCAUUCUGAUAUGGUAGCACUCCUCCAAAGUGAAGUGACUCUGCUAAGGAGAAGAAAGAGCCAGGUGUGGCCAGCUGCCUUCAGGGCUUGUCUGCCCUUGGGGUGUGUAACGGUGUUCCUGCCAUGGCCUGCAGCCUGUCUUCCUGUUGGAAGCUUGGUGAGAGGCAGGGCCAUUGCAGACAAGCCUGGCACAAGUCUGAGCUCCAAGUUGUUUCUGGGGGAACACUUUUUUUUCUCGUAAUUCAAUAUAGGUAACUAUCAAAUUUAAAAAGCUUAAUUAGUAUUCAUGUACUGUAAGUACUACAAAUAUAACAUCUCUGUUACUGAAUGGACUGGCAGGUCACUGGGGUUACUACCUUAGUCUAAGGCGGCAUUCCUAAGACACACUACCUUCUUACUCUGGUUGUUAGGACCUCAUGGCUUCUCAGCAGUCCUUAUCACAAUCGACAGACCUGAGGCAGUGGGACAGGAGAUAAACAACACUGUGGCAUGAGCCUUAGCUGCUCCCUGGAUAAAGGCUCUUCACUUCCUGGCAUAACUGUGCUGCUUUUCCCUAGAACUGACACUCAGCAGGUGGUCUUGCCUUUCCUUCUCUGUCCACUUGUCUUGAGAGAUUCUGUGUCAUAAAUGACAUAUCAUCAGUUUUUUGUUGAAGCACUUGCACCGUAAGACAUUGGACUUGGACUGGUGAGCCUCUCUCUGGUUCUCAAACCUGAAUCGGUGUCGGGAGCUUCGCACAGGGCCUUUAGACUGCAUCCUCAUAGCUGUACACUGAGGGCCUGAGCCCCGCACUGGACGCAUUAAUUACGGCAGCUCAACCCUUCUGUGUACGGGCUGGUUUUUACUUUAACUGACAUAUUUCCCCAGUGGGUCCUUUUAUCUCAUCUGAAGGUAAUAACUGAAACACUUUGCUGUCAAGCAGUGGCUUCAUGGACCCUCCCCAAGUACCUGGACCAGCAUGGGUGGGCAUGCCUCCGGUGCUGGCCAACGGGGUGCCCGUCACAUCCUGUGCUUGCUGGCUUAUCUUUUCAGUUAUUAUUAUUCUAAUUUGGGAAUAGAGUGGGUGAACAGUGAGAAAGCUCUAAGAUUUUAUUAAAGAAAAAAUAGACCACCUUUACAGUUGUCCUCAGUUCCUGCCGUGUUAACUGCUUACAUUCUACUUGCUUGAGAAGGAUUUUUGUGGCCGUUCUCCCAGCAUACUUCAGAUGCUAAACAAACAUAGCUUAUAUUUAGAAAUACCAUAUACAUACUGCUUUGGAAAGAACAGGUAUGUUUUUGUUUUAAAUAAAUAAAUCCAGACUCAUGGGAAAAGCUGGAGGAAGCCAGGUGUUGUCUGGUUCUCUUCCUUCUAGGAACAGGACUGGCAAUGGAGUCCAAAUGGAAAUAGAUUUCUUCAACUCAAGAUAGUUUUCUGGCAAAAUCAGGGAGGGAGAAAGAAUUCCUGAUAAUCCAAAAUUGUGGCUUCACAGACACUGGAACAAACUUAACUGUGAAGAACCCAACAGUGAUGCACCCGUGACCUUAAAUGGCGGAGCCCUCUGUCACUGUUAAUGAUUACACACCCAUCCAGAGCAUGGCUGUACACCAAGUGUCAUGGUAUGUUUGAUCUGGAGUUCACUGCACUUCGGGGAGAAAAGUGAAG